AUGGCGUGGCAGGUGAGUGUGCCUGAGCUGGAGGACCGCCUUCAGUGCCCCAUCUACCUGGAGGUCUUCAAGGAGCCCCUGAUGCUGCAGUGUGGCCACUCCUACUGCAAGGGCUGCCUGGUGUCCCCAUCCCGCCAGCUGGACUCAGAGCUGCAUUUCCCUGUGUGCCAGCACAGCUCCCUGCCCAAUGUCUCCCUGGUGCUAGUGAUCAAAGCCCUGCGACUCCCCCUGGGCCCGGAGCCCAAGGAGUGCGUGCACCACCAGAACCCGCUCAUCCUCUUCUGUGAGAAGGACCAGGAGCUCAUUGGUCUCUGCGGCUUGCUGGGCUCCCACCAGCACCACAAGGUCACGCCCAUCUCCACUGCCUAUAGCCACAUGAAGGUAGGGAGGUUGCUGCCGCUCUCAUCUGACCUGAAGCAGGAGCAGAAGAAGGUGGAUAAGCAUAUUGCCAAACAGGUGAACAACAGGACCCGGAUUGUCAAUGAGUCCCAUGUCUUCAGCAGCUGGGUGAUCUGCCAUGAGUUCCAGGAACUGCACCACCUGGUGGACGAGGAGAAGACCCGGUGCCUGGAAGGGGUGGAGGGUCACCCCCGAGGCCUCGUGGCCUCCCUGGACCUGCAGCUGGAGCAGGCUCAGGAAACUCAUGAGUGGCUGGUCCAGGCUGAGCGUGUGCUGGAGCAGUUCGGUAACGAGAGUCACCAUGAGUUCAUCCAGAAGUACCACUCCAUAACCUUUGGACAGAGCUCCCAGCAGGCCUGGCACCUGGAAGGCCCAUUCUGCCCCAUCUCCUUCAAGCCAGGCCUCCACCAGGCUGACAUUAAGCUGACCAUGUGGAAAAGGCUCUUCGGUAAGGUGCUGCCCGCACCCACCCGUCCCCAUGUUCCAGCUGAUGGCAGUUCUGUGCCUCCCCGGAAGGGCAGAGCUGCCGUCCACCACCCUCCUGCCAGGCUCUGCAUGCUUGGCCUGCCCCUGCAGCUGCCUGCCUUCUCCUGCUGCACUUACCCUGUCAGGCUCCCCUCUCUCCGACAGUGGAGCCGCGUCCUCCACGCAGGUCCCAGUACUCCAGGGGCUUCCCGUCACACGGGACAGAACCCACCCACCGUCCCAAGGUCCCCAGGCCCUUGCGAUCUGCCCGCCCACCCCCGUAGGCUGGCAUCCCCCCUUCCCUCCAUGCCGGCUGUGUUCUGGCCCAUCCGCCAUCUUCCCUUUCCUCCUGCUCGUCAGGCCGGUUCCCUGGCCCUGCUCUUGCCCCUGCCUGGGACACUGUCCCCGGGGCUUCCCUCAGCUCACCGUCCCCCUUCCAUUAGGCCGCUGGUCCUCCUCAGAGAGAGGCCCCUGACGUCACCCCGCAUCCCCUUGUCGUCCACUUGGAGUAGCAGUGUUUAG